AUGGAGCCUCUAAGGAGCCUCACAGGAGCCUCAAAGGAGGCAAAGGAGGAGCCAAAGGAGGAGCCAAAGGAGGAGCCAAAGGAGGAGCCAAAGGAGGAGCCAAAGGAGGAGCCAAAGGAGGAGCCAAAGGAUAGAAGGGCAGAAGGAGCCCAACUGUUGAGCCAAAGGACCAAAGCCAUGCUCCGAGUGCGAAGCAUGCAAUGCAUGUGCAUUGCGUGUGCCGCGGUUGCAAAUCCCAGCCUUCCCAGGUCAGCUGCUCUUUGGUGCGCCUUUCCGGGUUGGGAAAAUGACCGCAGUCAUGCGCUGCCCUUCAUCGCAUCAGCCCCGCAUCAGCACCUAGCGGCCCCAGCGCAGGCGACACCGGCGACAUUCCGAAGCGACCGGCUGGCCUGGCCGGCCGCCUCCCAGGCAACAGGGAUCAACAGGGGAGGAAUCCGGAAGCGAAGCGAUGAUACCGCUUGCAGUGCUCGAGGAGUCCCGGCCUGGGCAUGGAUGUCAUUGAUGUGCACCAAGGCAAGUGGCGGCAAGUGGAUUCAAGUGGGACUGGACGAUAGUGGACUCACGGAGCUCGAGAUGCUGCAGUCGCAGCUGGCGAAGCGCAUCUCAGCCGUUGUUGAGGACACAGGUCCCGUGAAUGGCAAAGCCGAGCUGAAUGCCGUUUUGGCUGCAGAUUCGCCAACCCUGACUGGCCAUGUGAACAUCGCCUGGCCAACUGUGCCCCUAAUGGCAGAAGGUGAAGAAGAGAGACUGAAGCUGCAAAGGAGGUUGCCUCUGGGCCGAGAUGAGGCCCGGCCAAACAAUUGGCUCCAGGAGUUGCAGGCCUCCUGGGCUGCCGGGGCCGCGGCCGCGCGCGCGGAGCGAACGGAGUGGCCAAAGGAGGAGGCUGUGGUUCCGGAGCCACCGGAGCCGCCGCCGGAGCCGCCGGAGCCCCCGAAGCUGCCGAAGCCAGAGGGCAUGACUGAGCCGGUGGCCAGGCCCUCGAAGGAUGCAGGAGCAGGAGCGGUCCCCCUUGUGCUCACUCCAACAUACUUUCAUUUCAGGAGCGAUACAUAA